CUCAGUAUCAACAUUGAGCCGCGCUCGCAGCAGCGCAGCUGACAACACCUCCGCUGAACACUGAUUAAGAGACUUUUUCUUUUUUUUUUUUACACACAGUAAAGAAAACAACAACCGCAUUCUCCGAGUGAAUUGGACCUACAAUUUACCUGAGAUUUUUUUGUUUGUUUGUUUUUGUUAAUUCUCCCCACGAUCAUUCGCAUUAUUUGGUGGUCAUUCUUCCCGGCAGAUCUGGCGUAUCUGUCGCUCCUUACACAUCUGCUGCUAUCUAUGCUUGCCUGGAUAUAAGUGCUAUGACAGGGAAACUCGUGGACAGGCUCCCUAUUACUAACAUGAGCAGUUUAAUGAGCCCGGUUCCUGACCAUCUCUACCAAGAAGAAGACAUCCCCACGUCUAUGAAUAUUUUCUCCGGCACGGAUUCCAUGUCCCACUAUUCACAGAUGUCCUCAGAUAACAUGAUGGAGCUGGGAAUGGGCAGCGAAAAGGCAGCCCAGGAUCUGCAGUACAGCGGCUCCUUUCAGCCCAACCGCAGCGGCCAGACAGUCACCUACCUGGGCAAGUUUGCCUUUGACACCCCCCCUACGAGUGGGCUAGGGGGCUCGGGCUGGGGCUCGGACAACAAUAUCAUCAGCCUGGUGAGCGCGGGGAUCCUGGGGGUGUCUCCCUCCCCAGGAGCGCUCAGCACACACACCUCCUCCCCUGCGGGCCAGGCCUCGGAGCUGGAGCAGGUGUACGGCACUCCGCUGCCUCCUUACUCCAGCUGCAGCGACAUGUACCAGGAUCAGGUGUCCUUCCACAGCCCCGCGACCACGAGCGCGCUGCCUUACUCCAGCGCAGACUACCACCCGGCCAAGCCUGCCAUGGAAAGCAACCUGUUCUCCAUGAUCCCGGACUACAACCUCUUCCACCACCAGGGGGAGGUGAGCGUCAUGGAGCACAAACCCUUCCAGAGUAUGGAUCCCAUCAGAAUUAACCCGCCCCCCAUCACCCCGCUGGAGACACUCCGAGCUUUCAAAGACAAGCAGCAAGUCCAUCCGGGAUAUGCAGGUGGGCAGCACCAUCAGCACCACCAUCCUUCCCAGCACCACCAACCUCCACCCGCACUCACCCUGAAGCCCAUCCGCCUCCGGAAAUACCCAAAUCGGCCCAGCAAGACCCCCGUCCACGAGCGUCCCCACGCCUGCCCAGCCGAAGGGUGUGACAGGCGCUUCUCCCGCUCCGAUGAGCUGACCCGCCACCUGCGCAUCCACACGGGGCACAAGCCGUUCCAGUGUCGCAUCUGCAUGCGUUCUUUCAGCCGCAGCGACCACCUGACCACUCACAUCCGCACCCACACCGGUGAGAAGCCCUUCGCCUGCGAGUUUUGCGGCCGCAAGUUCGCCCGGAGCGACGAGCGCAAGCGGCACGCCAAGGUGCACCUCAAGCAGAAAGACAAAAAGCUGGCGGAGAAAACGGCUGCCGCAGGCGGCCACGGCUCCCCUCCUGUCUCCUGCAGCAGCGCCUGCGGAGCCAGCUCUUUGACGGUGACCACAUGUGCGUAAAACUGGACUGAAGCGGGAACUGACGCUGCACAACACUGCAAAAGGGUCCCCCGUUGCACCACCGUACCUGGAAUUUUCUCUUUGAAGAAACAAAACCAAAAAAAAAAAAAAAAAAAAAA